UCUUUCAUUUUGCUUCAUUCCUCACUUUACUCACCCUUUCUCUCUACUUGAUCCUUAUUGCUUUACUUGUUUUGUCUCGCUAUUAUCAUUCUCUCUCUACUUGUUCUCUCUUGAUCUACUUGUUUUCUCUCUCUAUUGUUGUUUUCUUUAGCUAUUCUUGUUUUCUCUCUUCGUUUUGUGUACGCCGUCAACCUCGCGAUGAUUCAUGUCAGGGAGACAUAUAUAGUUGUUGAGAAAUUAUUUUGAGGUCAUCUCAAUAUAUUAUCAUCAAACUCAUUAGAGCUAUCAAGAUGAUGAAACUCUUUACAAAGUAUGUCAAUUCUGUUGAAAAGAGGAAAGAAGACCCACCAUGUAAACAUUUCUCUAUACGUGGUUAUGUGGCUGGACAACGGCAAAAGGAUUGGAAAAUGUGUUCACCAUUUAAAGUGAAUGAGUCUAUGACACAAUCACCACUUCCUCCAUUAUUUGUUCCAAAGUUCAGAUCAUGGAGUUGUAACACAUGUCGAAGAGAAAAUGGAUUUAAUGUCGAAGCCGUUAAUACUGAAGAAUUUGAUAAGGCCACAAGUGCCCAAGUCAUGGAACUUGGAGAAUGUAACAAUAAUUUAUCAAUAGAUGAUGAGGAGUUUGGUCAGGCUUCAUUAAUGGAAAUUGCAGAGACAAUGAUAACGAGUCUGCCUAAUGUGAAAAAUGUAAAUUGUGGGUUGUUAAACUCAUCCCAAUAUGAUAAAUCCACAAAAGUUAUAGAGGUACUGAAUAAGCCAGUUAAGGAAAAGGAUUUUGAUUUAAAUAUCCCAUAUUCUAUUGAUAUUUACCAAGAGAUGGUGGAUGGAAAUAUUGGUCUUGAAACCUCAGGCACGACUAAUGAAGAGUACUUGUUUUCUAGCCAACACAAUGUGGAGGAGCCUCAUCCUAAUCAAAGAUCAUGUUUUGAUUUGAAUUCUAUUGACAUAACACCUAGCAUGGAUCUAUUCAUCAAAGACUCUACCGGAAAGAAAUCAACUACAUAUUUGAAUCCAGGAGGUAGUGAUCAAAUGCCAAAGAAAAUAUUGAAUACAGGUGAUUACUUAAAUACUAACUUGGACAUUGAUUCAUCUAAGAAAACUUUUUAUCCUAGUGAAGUCAAUGCUAAGUUGGAUAUUGGUAAAUCUAUGACUUAUGAUUCCUUGGAAGGUCAACAAUCUGAUUCUCACAAGAAAAGUAAUUUAUCUGAUAAAUCACAUGGCCUUACAAUCUUUGGAAGAAAAUUAACAGGUCCUUCUAAUUUGGUUGACCAAAAUGUGAUUGUGUCUGGACAAGAACAGGUGAAUAACUCUUCCUCAUUUAUGCAAAAUAGAAAUAAUUUGUUUGACUGGCUUGAUCUUGAAGAGGAAGAAGAAGAAACUCCACCACUAUAUAGGGGUUCUCGUGAAAUUCCAAUUCUCCUAAAUGAUACAUCUGAAAGGUCUUGUGGGAUGAAUAAAAAUCCAUCUGAAUUGUGUCCAAUACAACCAGGGAAUCCAUACUUGAUGGAUAAAGAAGAUAAAACGGAAAAGAGGGUUUGUAAGAAAAGGCAUGGCUCAUCUUCCAAGCAAAAGAAGAAAUCAAAAAAGCGUUGAAUAGAAACUCUGCACUUUCGUAGCUUUAUUCCAUAGAGCUAAUCACAUUAUUGAUUUUCGUUACCAUCUUAGAACUUUAUCUCUAGUCCUUUUAAUUUAUUUGACACCUUUUCUUUUAUAAUUAAUUAUGUUGGUGUUA